AUCGCUGGUUAGUAGACCCUGAAACGAGGUCGAGAGCGUGAGCAGAGUGUGGAGUAACAGAAUCAACCAGGUCUUUCUUUGUGUGUACUGUUAGAGGAAUUUCUCUACGGCUUCUCAUUAGUGCCCCUAUUGUACUCUAGUAAUUUCGAGAUCUCAAAUAAAAAUGAAAAUAUGAUUAAAUUCCUGAUGAACAUAGCAGAUAUUACAACCUGAGAAAACAAAGUAUCAGUACAGAUCUAAAUAGAGCAACAGCUUGUGGAAGAACUAGUUUGUUCGUGGUUCACGUGAAGUUGUUACUACUAUUUAAGUUACCAUGUACCACAUGCUGUAAGGUUUUGUGGAGUAUGACUUCGUACAGCAAAUCUGUGAAUGGUUAUAAUUUACGUGACGAAUACAGUUUUGAAUCAAAAUAUAGUAAAAUACAUUUAGGUUGCUUGUCGGAAAUAUCUUCGUUUUGUGGGUUUCCAUAAAAUCAGUUUAUGACGAAUACUUCUUGUGUAUUUGUUUCAUGCGGAAAGAGAAAUGGCUAAUUUCGUACUGUAGACUUAUUACAAAUUGGAGUUUAUUUUGCUUCGCUAUUUGAAUUUGUUCCAGUAGAAUAAAAAACAACAACUAUGAUUCCCGAAUGAAAGUUUAGGAAAUUACGCUUUAUGAAUAUAGUAUAAAUAUUUAUGGUACAAUUGUUAACACAUGGUGAUGAUGCGAGCCGGCGGCCAGUGGCCCCUAAAACUAGAAGUAGCGGUAGUUUUUGUGGUUCUUGUCGUCCAAGUUUCAGUGGGCGCUGGGAUUGAUGAAGUUGCUAACUUCCCUGGUUCAUUUCACGUGACUCGUCAUAAACAUACGUCUCGGUCGAGUGACAUAUGGCUAUCCAAAAAGUUAAGUGAAAUAGAGGGCGCUGGGUUCGUGGAUGAUUUGGCAGAUGAAGAGCGGAAAGACGAUUUUUUCAGCUUGGAAGCAGAGGAUGUUACUUCUACAACAUCUCAGCCAAAAGAAAAUGAAUCAAACAAAGGGCCCAGUUUCAGUUUUAUCCGAGUAGAGCGACCUCUGGUGAACAUUACACGCGACCCUGGAAGAAACGUAAAAAUGAAGUGUGCUUUUCGUGGCCACCCUACGCCUCAGAUCCAAUGGUACAAGAAUGAAGCUCCGUUAGAAGAAGGCCAAGAAAGAGUGGACUUAAGGUCUUCGGACCACGGGGAAGGUCACGUGAGCUCCCGUCUUCGAAUCUCGCACCUGGACCCUCUGGAUUCUGCGUUUUAUAAAUGUGAAGCACGAAGUGGAGAAAAUACUGCUGAAACAACGGGUAUACUGAAGGUUAAUGCAGGUGUCAUUCGAUCACCGGUGUCCGUACCUGAUUUUUCUGGUGGGUUUCCACAUCGACCACCAGUGUCCGUGCCUGAUUUUUCUGGUGGAUUACCACAUUUCCCAGGCUUAGGAAGGAGUUUUCCCGAUUUUGAGGAUGAAGAUGGCAAACUUAGUGAAGGAAUGUGCCAGGUGUAUCGUAGUGCCACGUGCUCCAAGUUCCUUGCCAACAAGACAGUUUUUGUAGGCUCAAUUCGUAGUCAGGGAAUUAUGGAGGAAAAAUUAGCUGCAGCUUUUUCAGUGAUUGCUUCUUCACAAGACGUGUCCUCAGAGUGCCAUAAGUAUGCCAUUCCUUCUCUUUGCUUUUAUGCUUUUCCACCUUGUGAUAAGAAUUCAUCUACUCCUAAACCACGGCAUGUUUGUCGGGACGAGUGUGAGGUGCUUGAGAAUAGCAUAUGCCGAUUAGAAUACUCUAUUGCUAAGCGACACCCACUAAUUGGCCAGCAAAAAAUUCUGCCAGCAUGCGAAGACCUUCCACCAUUUGGCUCGAAAGAAAGUGAAAUGUGUGUGAGACUUGGAGUUCCCAACUCUAUUAAAAAAAAUGAGGAACACACAUGUUAUGUGGGAACGGGUGAAGAUUAUCAAGGAACGUUGUCCCGCACAGUAUCUGGUCACAAAUGCCAACACUGGAGCCAUCAGAUCUUUUAUCGUACCUCGGACUAUCCAGAGUUAAUAGGUGGACAUAACUAUUGUCGUAACCCUGGUGGAAUGGAAAAUCAACCAUGGUGUUUCAUCGCAGACCCUCAGGUUCGGAAAGAGAUGUGUCACAUACCCAAGUGUGUUGAUUACCUUUGGCUGUAUAUCCUUCUUCCAAGCAUAGUCCUAGUGGUACUUAUUGGAUUAUUACUUGGGAUCUGGUGCAUGAAGCGAAGAAGUAAGCCAAAUCCAUCUGCAGUCAAACCUCCAAAGGCAGUUACCAGACCUCAGAAUGAACAAGGGACCAAUCAACAGGUUGAAAUGAAUGCUCUUUUACCCAGAACACAGUUCAGAGCUCAUGAAUAUCCUCUCUCUAACAUUCGCUUUCUUCAAGAGCUAGGAGAAGGGGCAUUUGGAAAGGUGUAUCAUGGAGAGUUGGUAGGUAUUCAUGGAGUUGGAAGUGUCACACCUGUUGCUAUCAAAACCUUGAAGGAAAAUGCCACAUUAAAAACUCGGCAAGACUUUCAACGUGAAGCAGAGCUAAUGUCGGACUUGCACCAUCCCAAUAUCGUCUGCUUGCUAGGGGCUUGCACACAAGAGGAGCCUCUCUGCAUGUUAUUUGAAUAUAUGUCUCAGGGUGAUCUUCAUGAGUAUUUGAUCCUGCAUUCCCCUCGUUCAGAUGUGAGAAUCAGCGAAGAUGAACCGUAUCAGAUACUAGAACUGUCCGACUUUCUUCACAUCACUCGGCAGAUUGCAGGUGGGAUGGAAUACUUAGCUGGAAAUCAUUAUGUUCAUCGUGACUUAGCAGCUAGAAACUGCCUAGUUGGUGAUGGACUUGUGGUCAAAAUAUCUGAUUUUGGUCUGUCCCGAGAUAUCUAUUCUUCUGAUUAUUACAGAGUUCAGUCCAAAUCUUUGUUACCAGUUAGAUGGAUGCCACCAGAGUCUAUCUUGUAUGGGAAGUUCACAACAGAAAGUGAUGUGUGGUCAUUUGGAGUAGUUUUAUGGGAAACAUUUAGCUAUGGACUCCAACCUUACUAUGGGUACAAUAACCAGGAGGUGAUUGAUAUGAUCCGCUCAAGAAAGCUGCUUCCGUGCCCUGAAGAUUGUCCCCCACAUAUCUAUGCCAUGAUGGUGGAAUGCUGGCACGAGAACCCCUGUCGUAGGCCUUCCUUCAAGGAACUGUAUGCCCGCUUGUGUUCGUGGCAAACAAUGCAUACACAGGCACUGAGUGUAGCACAUUCAGGUAAUGGUAGUCACCACAGCAGUGCAGGACCAAGCAACAAUACUGUGUCUACCAACUUGAGCAGCCCUAUUGUUGGGUCCUUUUACACCUUCUGUAGGUUUGGCCUCUACCAGUUGUGGAGUACCAUUUCAAAGAGCUGUUAAUGUUCCUGUAGCCGGUCCAAUUCAGCAAGCAUGUUUUCCUACUUCAGUAGAAGGUUUCCCAACGUUUCAUCCAGUGAGGUCUGGCACUCCAGUCCUGAGACCUGUAGACUCUCUAUCACGUUAUACUCCUCCUAAUGUCACGAUUAUUGACGGAAAAGUGUCAAAUGUUUAAUCGAUUUGCUGAUGUACAGUACACAUGGUUUUGAAAUUUCUAUGGAACUAACAUCUGAUAAAUGACCUCAGACUGGACAGGGCACAAUGAUUUAAACUUAGAAACCAGUAGACUGUCUGGUGAAAUUUAUGUGUUUGAAAAAUCAUUGGUGCCUUGUAAAAUUUCAAUCUUGUUGAUAUGUAACAGGACAUCUAAUUGAACUUGUGAUCGAGUAUUACAACAAUGAUGACAGUAAUAUCUAGUACAAGAUGCAAAAAGAUCAUUAAGAAAGUUAACCAAAAAAAAGAAAUAUGUCAGGGUCAUUACUAUGAAAGGGAAAGUAUUUAAAAAAAAUUUUUUAUUCAGAAAAUGAAUAGAAUGUUUGCUGUAUUAUGACCGAUUUUUUGUGGAAGGCUGUGUCAUUAAGUGUACACGUACUUGUGUUGGUGUCGUUUCUUGAAAUACACCACAGACUGUUAAAAUUAAGUCUGAAAAUUUUGGCUUUGAGUCAGUAACACAGAAAAUCCAUAUGUACAGCUUUUACCUUCAAUUUCAGUUAAUUUUAUAUUAAUAUUUGUUGUGCAGAUUGCCUCUCGUAGAGUUUUAUACGCUUUACUUUUCUCAUAAACAGGUGAUCUGAAGGAUGGUUUUAUAAAAGUAUUAUACAUCAUGCUGUUGUUUUUCUUGAUAUUUUUGUUUCUAUUUUGUGGAAGAAGAUAUCUUUUCUCCUUCUUCACUAAUCGCAGGCACGGAUUAGGAGUGUGUGUGAUCAGUCUUGUCUCCUUCAGUAAUCAGAGAUGUGGGUUAGGAGUGUGUGUGAUCAGUUUUGUUUCCUUCAGUAAUCAGAGAUGUGGGUUAGGAGUGUGUGUGAUCAGUCUUGUCUCCUUCACUAAUCAGAGACUUGGUUAGGAGUGUGUGUGGUCAGUCUUGUCUUCUUCACUAAUCAGAGACAUGGGUUAGAAGUGUGUGUGGUCAGUCUUGUCUCCUUCUUCACUAAUCAGAGACAUGGGUUAGGAGUGUGUGUGGUCAGUCUUGUCUCCUUCUUCACUAAUCAGAGACAUGGGUUAGGAGUGUGUGUGGUCAGUCUUGUCUCCUUCUUCACUAAUCAGAGGCAUGGGUUAAGAAUGUGUGGUCAGUCUUAUCUGCUUCACUAAUCAGAGACUUGGUUAGGAGCAUGUGAUUAUUCUUGUCUCCUUCACUAAUAAGACAUAGUUUAGGAGUGUGUGGUUAGUCUUGUCUGCAUGACUAAUCAGAAACACAGUGAUCAGGUGAUAAGUAAUUUCUUUCAAGUGUUUAAUACUUUAAUGUAACAAAUGGUACAUAAAGAAUAUUUAUUUCCCACAGUUACAUGAUAAAAUCUGUCAGUUAAACUCCUUGUUUCUUUAAACAGAUUUAAAACUGAUAUUGUGAAAUAUUUUUACCAUCACAUGCAGUAUAUGAAAUCAGUGUAAGUACUAAAAGAAUGAUUAACGUACUCUUCAGACAAACAGGUCAACUGUUGAUGAAGAAGCUAGUUUACUAUUAAUGCAGAAAUAAUUUUAAGGCAUAGAUUCAGGCUAUGCAGCUUAGUGACACCUAAGGUAUAUUAGCAGACUUCACUUACCUGUAUUAAGAAAAGUAUAAUUAGUAAGGCCAGGUCCUUCAUAAUACCAAAAAUUAACUUUUCAUUCUGCCCCUUUAAAACUACUGGUUAUAAAAAAAUUAAAAGAAACUUGAAAAUAAUCUCCCUUUUUAGGUGCAUAGUGGAGGGUAAAAUGCUUCAUUUUCUUCUCACAGGACGUUAUCGGUCUGCUGGAAAGAAAUACCUGAUAAAUUUGAAACCAAAUAUUAACAGCUAUUAAAACAUACGGCAUUUAACAACUGUUGAUUAAAGGUGGACAACUUUUCCUUCGUGAGAUGUGUAACAACUGUUGAUUAAUUGUAGACAACUUUUCCAUCAUGAGACAUAUCUAACAAUUGUUGAUUAAUGGUGGACAACUCUCUCUCUCUCGUCAGACAUUUAACAACUGUUGAUUAAUUGUAGACAGCUUUUCCCUGUGAGACAUAUCUAACAAUUGUUGAUUAAAGGUAGAUAACUCUCUCUCUCGUCAGACAUUUAACAACUGUUGAUUAAUUGUAGACAGCUUUUCCCUCGUGAGACAUAUCUAACAAUUGUUGAUUAAAGGUAGAUAACUCUCUCUCUCUCUCUCUCGUCAGACAUUUAACAACUGUUGAUUAAUUGUAGACAGCUUUCCCCUCAUGAGACAUUUCUAACAACUGUUGAUUAAUGGUGGACAACUUUUCCCUCGUGAGAUGUGUAACAACUGUUGAUUAAUUUAGACAGCUUUCCACUCGUGAGACAUAUCUAACAACUGUUGAUUAAUGAUGGACAACUCUCUCCCUAGUUAGCUAUAUAUUACUGGUGGAUAACUCUCUUGUUAGACAGCUAUAUAUUAAUGGUGGAUAACUCUCUCUCUCUCAUUAGACAGUUAUAUAUUAAUGAUGGAUGACUCUCUCCCUCGUUAGACAGUUAUCCACCA